UCAGUUUGCCCGGCAGUGCGCACGGAGGACUCGCAGGGUCACAGAGCCUCACCGUCCCGAGGACCAGCACCGGGGGAGCAGCGGGUCACACUGCAUCCUGAUCCCGCUCCGGAGGAGAGAAGAGCCGCGCAGAGGAGAGGGGAGCAUCUGGCUCUGCUGUCCGGACUCAAAUGAACACACAACAGUCCGCAGAGGGAAAAUCCUUGGAAACGGUGUCUGCGUUAAUACCAAGAUGAAAGCGGCCGGCAGGCAAGGCACCGUGACGGCGGAGAAGCUGAACGGGGACAUGAAGCGGAGGCCGAGCUACCCCGGGGAGCUGCGGGCCAAACACGCCAACAUGUCAACUAAGAUCUGGGUGAAAGUCGCGUUGGCGAUCGCCUAUUUCCUCUGCGUAUCUGUGGCUGCGUUCAUCCUGGUCAUCUACUAUGUGUUCUUCUGGACCCCGGACCAGCACAACAACAUCACCAGCACCACCCAGGCACCCAACCGCACCGACUGCCUGCUGGGAUGACACAGCACGCACGGACACACACAUCUGCACACAUCAUAGAACCCUCCAAACCCUGUGAACAGUGACGUGUUCUGAUGUCGGACUUCCCCUUUCAGAACAGUAUUGCAAACAGAAGCUUUGGUUGAGGGGCCCCCGACCUUUUUGGCCCCUGAUCCUGUGCCCAGCAGGUCCGCUCAAUAAUCCAACCCUGCGGAGACUCUUUUCAGUGAUUUUAAAACAUCAUUUCUGCCUCCUGAAGAAAAUUGUUUUCUGGAUAUCAAACAGAACCACUUGAAGGUGGGGUAGGUAAGUUUGAGAAACCGUCUCGAGAUCGCUAGAAUUUGAAAAUACACAACCGGAGAAAAUCUGCC